AAAUUGGUAAAGAUUACUGAAGUAAAACCAAGAAAAGUAUAUUUUGAUGGAUAUUACAAAUAUGGUUAUAAAGUCAAACCUAAAGACUUAAUAAAAUAUUAUUGGGAUAAUAAAUGUUUCAAAGCUAAGACUGAAGAGGUUCUUUUGGAACCAAAUAAAUUAUAUUCAUUGACUAGUUCCAAGGUAACCAUUCUUUCUAUGCAAUGUAGUAUAAGUGCACUCAGCUCAAUUAAUACUAAUAGACCUAGAAAGAAAAAUAUAAACAAAUUAUUUAUUUCAUCUCUCUUUGCAAAACAAAUUAAUUUAUUACCAUCUCAUCUUAAUUUACUAAAAGAUACUAUAUUAAGAUUAAAAGAUGGAACAGAAAUUAUAAUUAUUUAA